AGCAGACUACUCAGCCAGCACAGCUCACUGAUGUUUGUGUUCCAUCCUGUUCACUUCAGAGGAAAUAACUAACCUUUGUCAAGGGAAUAUUAAUUGAACUGGAUUUCUGUUUUAUUGGAACAAGGAGAAAUCACCUGAAAAUUGCAUCUUUUGUCAACAAACAAGACAAGAAACUCAGAGGAAGAACAAUGGUUCCCAUACUGCUUUUACUGCUGCUGCAUGAGUCGCUGGCUGAUCAAGUGUGUUUCAACUUUUCAGAUUUUACAAUGACUGCUACUGUUACUGGAACCAGUGUGCGCAUCCCUGAAUACAAGAACACUGUAACUUGCAGAAGAGAUGGUAGUCCCUGUGUUUUAGUCUGCAGACCUUACUCUACGCAGUGCUUCGAGAAAUCAUCUCAUUGCUUAAAUGCUCGUGUGACCGGUUCUCCCCCUGUGGUUAACUAUACCAUACACGAAUGUACCAACUGCACCGAAUACUCCUGUAAUGAAGAUGCCAUCUCAAAGCUGAUUUGGUCUCUGAGAGAUGCCAGCUCUCACCUGCAAGACAUGAUACAACUCUUCUACAUAGGCAAAGCAUGUCACCAGCUCUUCAGCAGCAAUGUUGACAUCAGGAAGGAGUUUUUAAUGGUGGAAAAAGCAAAAAAUCAUAAAAUUAUGGAAAUAACCAAGGUUGACGCUGGAAGUUACCAAAGCUACGAUUUGAAGUAUUUGUCCCUGAAUGUGUUUAACAUCAGCGAGGCUGCCCUCAACUCUGCAGGAGUCAACUCCAGUAUCCAGCUAGAAGCUCCGCAGCUGUUGCCUCAGAAUCAGACAUUUCUUCCUAAGGUGUGGCUGCCUGUAUCUGCCCUGCUCAACAUCCCAAAGAAUGAGAGGAUUAUUGGUUUGGUCACCUACUUACAGCACAGCUUUUUCCAAUUUCACCAGGAGAAGAUCUCAUCAAUGGUUCUCAGGAUAGAGCUACUGCAUCAACGACACCUUCAGAGUCUGACUCCGCCCAUCAAAAUGAUUUACAGAGUCACUACACAAACAAAAGUGGAUAAUGUCUCACAGCUACUGUGUCACUACUUCGAUGAAGUUUCUGAAUGGCGCUGGAAUAGAGAUGGAUGUGAGACUGACAACAGCAACUACAAUGAUCAAGAAAACAGUGAGAUCAUUUGCAACUGUGACCAUACAACGCCCUUUGCUGUCUUACUGAUCAGACAAUCAAUUUCAAGUGUCCACUGGCAAAUACUGUCAUACAUCAGUUACAUAGGCUGUGGCCUUUCAGCCUUCUUCACUGCUUUGUCACUUGUGAUCUAUGUGUUCAAUCGAAACUACAAAGAGAACAAUUCCAUUUCUAUUCAUGUGUCUCUGAGCGGAGCCUUGUUUCUGCUCAAUACAACCUUCCUGCUCACUGAGUGGGGGGCCACGUUGGAUCUAGACUGGGUGUGUGUGUUUGUUGCAGCGUUCAUGCAUUACUCCUUGCUCUGCUGUUUCACUUGGAUGGCCAUAGAGGCGCUUCACCUCUAUCUAGUGCUGAUAAAGGUGUUUAACACCUACUACAAACACUACCUGCUCAAACUGUCUCUUGCUGGAUGGGGGAUUCCUGGUAUAAUCGUGGGCGUGUCUUUGGGACUGAAGAACUUCAAACAGUUUUAUGGACCUACACAAAUGACAAUGGCUGACACUAACCAAACUAACCCUAUCUGCUGGAUCACAGAUGACUCCUUCUUCUACUCCUUGAACCUGGUGUAUUUCACCCUUACAUUCAUCUUCAACUCUGGCAUUUUGAUGGCGGUGGCUUCUAGCAUCUGCAAGAUGAAACAAGUGUACAAGAGUAACUCGAGGCUCAGACCAGAUGCUAAGGGAAAGUCAUGGAGUGACUCACAAAGGUUCAGUUUGUCCUGCAGGAACGGCCUCACUUUGUUGGGUCUUACAUGCUUGAUGGGCACCACCUGGGGUCUGGCCUUUUUGGGCUCUGGAUACGUCAACUACCCCAUCCUGUACCUUUUUUGCAUCCUCAACUCGGCACAAGGUUUCUUUAUCUUCGUCUGGAUCUGUUUGUCAGCCAAGAAGCAGAGGAAGAGGGAAAUGGAGGAUAAAAUGUCUUCAACUCCUGUGGGGACUUCAGGAAUCAAAUCUGAGUAGAUCUUCUGUUCUACAAUUAAUCUUGGCUGAUCUCUCUUGUAACAAUACUAGUCUACACAGCCAUGAAAACAGCAAAGUUCAUGUGUAACCUCUUGUGAUAUUAGGUUGAAAAUAUCCUUCACUGUAAAUUUUCAAUGCAACUUUUAUCAAUAUUCUUCAUGUAACUACAUUUUCUUCACAUAUACAUACAACUCUUGCUCAGUAUAUAUAAAAUGUAGAAUGUUGUAGUGUGCAUGUUUUUUUUCUUUUUGAAUAAAGUUUUAACAAAUCAAUAUGGGAGACUGGUCAAAUGCUACCAUCAAGAAAUUUAAAACGUGAAAACAUAUUUAUAUCUUUGACUUAAUCAGAUUAAACCUCAAAAAGUUGACCUUUUUUAAUUCAUUGAGCAUCAUUAUAAUUUGAUGUACUAUUUCCAU